AUGCUUACCGACACGGAGGUAGCCGUGAACGAGCGAUGGGGGACCAGGACCCCUCGGGAGGGGAUCCCACGCGAGGUCCGCCCAUUCGAACUGGGCAACAUAGACAUGAAGUCCCUCAACAUCAUCUCCAUCUUCUACCCCAAUCUGGACGAGGCCCAGGAGUACCUGCUGGCCGCCGGUCGCAACGCCGAUGGAUCGUACACCAAGCUGAGCCACAGCCAGCUCAAGAAGAUGGCCGCAGAACUCAAGGCUCGCAAGGCCGACGAAGAUCUCAAGGCGAAGAACGCUGCGAAGGCUUCCAAGCUUGCUGGAGGUGAGACCGUCGAUGAGGAUGAGACCGAGAAGGAGGUCCUGGGCGAGAAGUCCGACCCCAGCAAGAAGUACACCGUCCCUCCCGGAUUCGAUCCCGACUCGGACGUGCCAUGGACCCUCCAAUCAAAGGACCACGUCGACCCUGACAAGGAGUACGUCGACUGGGCUCCGGGCUCCUACGUCAUUGCCUACAGCAAUGGAAGAGCUCACAUGAACGGCAUGGAUUUCGGAGAGGGCGAGAUCGACGAGGGUAGCCUGUACUUCCGUACUAUGCAAGGCACCCACCUCCCAGAUGUCUCUUGA